AAGCCGUAACUCAUAUUCCUCUUGUAGUUUCUCGUUUUAAAAGUUCCUUAAAGAUAUAGUUUAAAUUUUAUAAUCAUAUAUGGCACCACCACCUCCUUCACCACCACCUGUUGCAUUGAAGGUAGUAAACCUUCUACUGAGGGUUUUGACGGCAGUUUUUCUGGUUAUAUCUGUCAUCGUCCUCACCACCAAUAGCGUCACCAUCGGAACUAUCAAAUUUCAUUUCAAUGAUGUUUAUGCUUAUAGAUACAUGCUAGCUUCUGCCGUCAUCGGACUAAUUUACGCUGCCAUACAACUUUUCUUCACAAUCUGCCAAUUCGCCACCGGAGCGACAAACUCAUUUAAUUAUCAACUUGAUUUUUACGGUGACAAGGUAAUAUCAUAUCUAGUGGCGACGGGUUCGGCAGCUGGAUUUGGAGUAACAAAAGAUUUAAAAGAUGUAUUUAUAGCAGUGGUGGCAUUAGAUUCAACUGAUCAUGUGGAUGAGUUCUUCAGCAAAGGAUAUGCAUCAGCCAGUCUUCUUCUCUUCGCUUUCCUCUGUCUCGCCAUUUUAUCUGUUUUCUCAUCUCUCGCCAUUGCCAAACGAUAAUUUUAAGUCUCAUCCUGACAAAACAAAUCGAUUUAUAACGUAAAAUGCUAUAAAAAUAUGAUUUGAUCAGAUAGCUUGUCCCAGUGUUAUGUGUUGUUAAUCAUUGCGUAAACAAUGAUACAACUGGUUUUGCUACCAAUGUUUAAUAAGUGUUGAUUCAAUUGUUUGUGUUAAAUCUACGCCAUGUUGUGAUAUUUGUUCUAUACUUUUUUAUACACGAUCAGUCAGCAUGUUAAAAGAUAUUUUUCGAAUUUAUAACACCCAAUCAUACAUGUUUUGGACCAAAUACAAUUAUAUAUGUGAAUUAAUAUUUUUGACUCUUUGAUGUAUACUGUAUAUAAAUAUACAUUGUUU